ACGGCCGCUCAAGCCUGGCAUUGCUCAGGUGGCUUUCAAACUGCUCUCUCCCUCUCCCUCUCCCUAUAUAACUUGCUGCACCUGUGGCAAGGGUCAAAUUGUCUUGAAAUUAGGCACAAGUAUAUCAUGCAGCAAGAUGGAUGGACUCAAUGACCACAGCAAGGAAUGCAACCCCCCCCCCCGAGAGACCUUAAAGGCCCAGAUGGAGACAGAUCAUCCUGGAGAGAAUCUAUCGAUGUGGUCACUAAGAGUCGGCACCGACUUGGCGGCACUUAAUCAAUCAAUCGAUAUCGUGCAUGCCAAGUUUCAAGUUAUCUCAAGAGAUCUCAUGUUUAUAAGCAGUACAAUUCUGGGCGAAUAAUGACAGAAAUGAACCUCCCCCCCCACCUUCUCACCUUAACCAAAGGGGCACACCAGUGCUCCUUUAAUGCAUUCAGUCUCCCCACCUCACAAUUCCCAAUUCUUCACUUGUGUAGGUUCAGAGUUAUAUUGGUUUGACUCACUCUGCCCCUCCCUCCACUCACAGUGAUGUUUAGGAUUUGCUUGCUGGAUUGCAGGCUUGUGGUAUUUGUAUAGCAUGUAGACAGAACCACAGAGAAGUGAGUGUUAGAAACAGAGGAAGGCAGAGCAAGAGAAAAGAGUUUGCCAUCAGAUCCUAAAGAGCUUCUUUAACUCUUAGGCCCCUCUGGCAUUACCGGUGGUCAGCUGAGGCACGACAUCUCAACCCCAGGUAUCACAUGUGCCUUCGAAGGAGUUAUUCACUAACUGGAACAUUGGGACAACUGAGGGAAAGGAAGCCCAGAUCAUUGGAUUUACCGUGUGGGUUCAUUUCCUUCAAAAAUGGGGAGAACAUCCUGAGUCAUGGUAAUUCUUCCCACCUGAGUCAGGGCUUGUUUCAACUUCCUGUCAAAUCAGAAUGGAAUUGCUGGAAGGGACCUUAUCAAACCCUUGUGGUCAAACCUCCAUGAUCAAACCCUGCCCUGAACCAGCUUGAGGUGAACUGGUUCAGCACGAUCUCUUUGUGCACGCCCCUAUAGGAGAUCAGCAUUUUCAUAUUUGAGUUCCUUCAGAAUGCAUGGGUGGAUAACAUCUUGCCCUGGCAAUCUGUUAAUUUUUAGGUUUUCAAGACAGUUUAGAACAUCCUCUCGCAUCACCUCAAAUUGUUCCAGUUCUUCAACCUCCAACCCUGAGAGGCUUAGUUCUGGAAUGGGCAUAUGGUCAGUAUCCUCCACCGUGAAGACAGAUGCGAAGAACUCAUUCAGCUUCUCUGCAGUAACUUAUCUUCCUUAAUAAUCACUUUCAUACCCACAUCACCUAAGCGUCCAACCACCUUCCUGGCAGGUUUUCUGCUUCUGAUCUAUUUAAAGACAUUUUCGUUAUUCUCCUUGGCACUUCUAGCUAUAUGCUCCUCAAACCCUCUUUUUGCAUCCUUUAUUGCAUCCUUGUAUUUCCUUUGCUAGAGUUUACUUUCCUUUCUGUUCUCUUCAUUUGGGAAGGACUUCCCUUUUCCCAAAGAAGUCAUCCCCCCUUUUAUAGCUUCCCUGAUUCUACCUGUUAGCCACACUGGCAUCCUCUGGAACUUGGUGGUACCUUUCCUCCUUCUUGGUAUACAUCCCAAUUGAGCUUCUAUUCUUUUGGUUUUAAGUAAGUUCCAUGCUUUCUGGAGUGAUUUGACCCUCCCGACUUUCCCUUUCAGCUUUGACUCCAGUAUCCUGUUUCACACAGUGGCCCACCAGAGGCCUCUGGGAACCCACAGGCAAGAGCUGAGGGCAUGCCUUCUCUCCUGCUGUUGCUCCCCUGAAACUGGUAUUUAGAGGCAUCUUGCCUCUGAGGCUGGAGGCGGCCUAUAGUCACUGGUAGCCAUCGAUAGUCCUGUCCUCCAUAAAUUUGUCUAAGCCCCUUUUAAAGCCACCCACGCUAGUGGCCAUCACCACACCCCAUGGCAGAGAAUUCCAUAGAUUAAUUAUGUGCUGUGUGAAAAAGGACGUCCUUUUGUUCUUCCUAAAUUUCCUAAACCUCCCCCACACCCAAGUCCUGCUAUGCUGCCUCAUUGUAGUGGGAUGUGUGUGUUCUUGGGAGGGAUGAGCGAAGUAUGCUGGGAGGUAUACUCCCAGUAGGAUCACCCAAAGCACAAAGGUCAUCCCAGCUGCCCAGCUAAAGCAAGCAGGCACCUAUAUUGGGCAGCAGCGAUAUAGGAAGGUGCUGGAGGCGGACGAUCACUUCCGUGACAACAACAGAGCCAUUAUUUCAUACUGUGCAGGAGAAGUCAAUGGUAAACCACUCCUGUAUUUUACCUAGAAAACCAUAUGGAUAGACAAAAUAGAAUGAUUGUCAAUGUAGUGCUGGAUGAUGAGCCCCUCAGGUUGGAUAGUACUCAACAUGCUACUGAGGAAGAGCUGAGGAUCUCUCAGAGUAUCAAUGGUGUAUAUGACGCGGUUAGACUAAAACCCUUUGGAUGUCUAGCAGCUGAUGUUGCUGUGCGGGAAAAGGAAAUCCGAAGCUGAAAAGACAGAAUUGCAAUGGGAAUGUGGAACGUAAGAAGCAUGAAUAUGGGAAAGGUCAACACAGUGAAAGAUGAAAUGAAUCGACUGUAGAUUUACAUUUUGGGCAUCAGUGAAUUAAAAUGGACUGGAAUGGGACAUUUUCAGUCAGGAUAUCAUACUGUUUACUUCCUCCUUUGGAAAACCUCCAGUGAAGGGAAGCCCACCAUUGCAUGAGGCAGACCGUUCCACCGUCCAACAGUUCUUCUAACAGUCAGCUUCUUCUUCACACUGUCUAACCUGAAUCUGCUUCCUUGUCAUUUCAACCCACUGAUUCUAGUCUUGCUCUUAGGACUAAUAGAGAACAAGUCCACUUUUGCAUCUGUGCAACAGCCCUUCAGAUAUUAAAGACUGCUCAUAUCUCCCCGUAGUCUUCUUUUCUCCAGGCUAAACACACCCAGCUCCUUCAGCUGUUUCUCCUAAUCUUUGGUUUCCCAAUCCCUCAUCAGCUUUGGAUUCCUCCUUGGAAUCCAAUCCAGUUUCUCAACAUCCUUUUCAAAGCAUGGGCCAAGAAUUGGAAAAAAGAUUCCAAGCGAGGUCUGGUCAAUAGAGAACAGGGUGGUGCAGUCACUCCUCAUGAUCUGGACACUGUGUCUCCAUGAAUGCAGCCAAAGAUUGCAUUGUCUUCUUCCGCUGCUGCACCACAGUGCUGGCUCAUGUUCUCUCCACACACACAACCCACCAGGAUAUUGUAAGAGAUUUGUGUUGUAACACAACAUGUGCACAGUUUUGCAACAGAGCUCUUGCACAAGUGCAGACAUUGAGCAAAUGGAGUUGUUUCUCCAUUAAUGCAUAAGAUUGCAUUAUCUUCUUUCACUGCUGCAUCAUGCUGCAGGCUCAUUUUCUCACAAUAUCCUAGUGGAGGGAGGGGGAGAAAACAGAACACACUUGCAAAGCAGGCUAGCACUUCUUUCUAAGUGACAAGAAGAGGAAAAUAGCAGGCAGAGUGGAGCAAGGGUUGAGCCUAGAGAAUAGAUGGAUUUGAUUGAUUGAUUUGAUUUGAUUUGAUUUGAUUUGAUUUGAUUUCUCUACCGCCCUUCCAAAAAUGGCUCAGGGCAGUAUGGAAUGGUAUGGUAGGAUGGUAGGAAGGAUACCAGGGCUAGAGAGUUUGUUAAGGGUAGUAACAGUAGGGAUAAAUCUUCAAACUUCAUGUAUUUAGAGCUGCAGUGUGUCUACAGUCUAUGGUUGGUGUCGCACCCAUUUACAGAUAGGAAGCAAAGGCUGAGAUAAUUAAUUUCCCUGCAUGAUUCAAUGAGGCUUGGCUGGUUGAGAAUUUCCUGACCACAUUAGCUUUAUCCCAGGUUUCAUCUGUUUGCUGUUUUUGCCAGGACCUCUUUAUUCUCCAGAAACAGUGAAGAGUCUUGUGACACACCUUAAAGACUAACACAUGGAUUAUAGCACAAGUUUUCAUGGAAUACAGUCCACAUCACUGGGUACAAUUUUUCAAUGUUAUGGUCCCACCAAUUUUUGGCUACAGGUAGCUUGUAUUUUUUGCAGAUGUUCCAGUGUAUCAUCCCUGCUACCUUAUCAUGCCUUUGUUUGUAGUCGGUCUGUGCGAUCUUUUUACAACAGCUGAUUAGGUGGUCCACUGUUCCAUCUGCUUAUUCAGCAUGUGCGAUGUUAUCAGCCUGGAGAAUGCCCAAGUAUUUGUAACGUUCUUUCUCUUCCAGGUUCUUGAUGUUGCUUCCAUUGGGGAGUUCUAUUCCUUCUGUUUUUGUUAUUUUCCCUCUGUUCAUUAUUAAUGCAGCACACUUGUCUAGUCCAAACUCCAUUGCUGUAUCGCUACUGAAUAUACGGACAGUGUUUAGCAGUGAUUCGAUUUCUGAAUGGGACUUUCCAUUCAACUUCAGAUCGUCCAUGUACAGCAGAUGGUUGAUUUGGCUUGAUGUUUUAGAUGUUUGGUAUCCGAGGCCUGGUUUUUUUAGUAUUUGUGAAAGUGGAGUCAUGGCAAUUACAAACAACAGAGGGGAUAGUGAGUCCCCUUGGAAAAUGCCUCUUCUAAUGCUAACCUGUCCAAGUGUCUCGCCAUUGAUUGUUAACCGUGUACUCCACAUGCUCAUUGCUUUUUAAAAUAAAUAUCUGAAUGUUUUUGCUGACACCAGUGGUUUCUAAACAUUUUAGUAUCCAUGUGUGAGGCAAUGAAUCGAAGGCUUUCUUGUAGUCAAUCCAUGCAACACUUAGAUUGGUUUUUCUUCUCAUGCAGUUUUCUAAAAUCAUUUUGUCAAUCAGCAGCUGGUCUUUUGUGCCUCUGGUGUCUGGGCAAUUUCCUUUCUGUUCAACUGGAAGCUGUUUGUUAGUUAAUAAGUGUUGCAUCACUUCAUCUGCUAUUCUUCCAGUUAAUAAUUUGAACAUUGUUGGCAGGCAAGUUAUCGGUCUAUAUUUACUUGGAACUGCACCUUUUGCUGGCUCUUUCAUUAGGAGAUGAGUCUUCCCAGUUGUUAGCCAUUGUUCAAUAUCACCUCCUUGCAAAAUGAGAUUGAACUGUUUUGAUAGUUUAUGAAGGCUUGUUAGGUGUUUAAGCCAAAAGCCAUGCAGUUCAUCGUCACCUGGCGCAGUCCAAUUUUUAAUUUUCUUUGCUCUUUCACUUAUUAAUUCUGGUGUUAUUAUUAGAUCUUGCAUUUGUUGGUUACAUUUUUUGACCUUUUUCAUCCAGCCUGCUUUUUUAUUUUAAUCUAUUGGAUUGUCCCAUAAUUUCCCCCAGAAUUGCACUGUUUCUUCUUUAUUUGGUGUUUCUACAUUUCUUGCAGUUUCUCCUUCUAUGCUUUAGUAGAAACGUCUCUGAUUUGACUGGAAUUGGAGAUUCUGCCUGUGUUGUGUGAUUCUGGCUUCGUAUCUGCUAAUUUUCUUUGACACUGCUGUUAUUUGCUGCUUUAUUAUUUCCAGGACUUCUCUAAUUUUCCUUGAAUCUAGGUGGUCUUUUUGGAUCAGAUACUGUUUGGUGUUUUCAUUCUUCAGCUUCUUGUCUUUCAUAUCUUUCAAUUUACUAGCAUCUGUUCUAAGCCUGGAGAUUUUAUUUUCUAAUCUAAUCUUCCAUUUAGGUGAUGUACUGCUUUCUUUUUUUACAGGUCCACUGAUCUUAUAUCCGAGCUCUUGUGUUGUUAUUGUUGCUGCACUGUACAUUAGUUGGUUUGUUUCUUGCAAAUUAUUGGUUGUUAUUUCUGCAAGUGCAGGAUUGACAUCUUUUAAUGCCUGAGCAAGUUGUUUUUUGGUAACUGUUUUUAGAGCUGGAAGUCGAACCCUGGUGGUUGUUUGGUUCAUGUGAUCAGUUAUUUUUUGCUUUAGUUCUUGUUGCUUUUCUGUUAAAUGGCAUUUGGGUUUUUGAGGUGAAGGCAAAGGAGAGUUUGCCUGGUUUUGAUUUUGAAACAGUUCAGCAAGAAUGGCAUCCUCUAUUUCCAACACCUCCUCCACCUGUGUGAGCAACUUCUUCUGUUGGUGGUAAUUCUUCUUCCAUGUCUUGAGUCUGUGUUGCUCUUUGCAGUUCUUCUAGCUCAACUCCCGUGAAUACUUUAUUUCUUAUUAUGAAUCUUCUCUGGUCUGCUAGCCUUUGUUCUGUUAUUUCUGUAUCUGGAUGCUUCUCUUUCCACAUUUAGUACAUUCUUUUUAAAUAACCUCUUCUAGUUGGACUAGACUUGUAAUAGCAGAUCAUUAUUUCCUUGUUGGCAUUUUUCAAAUAUUUUUUUCGGUUAAGCGACGUUUCUUCCAGUAACCUUGCAAUCUCCAGCCCUGGUUGCUCAACUGAAGAUCCUGAGUCCUGUUGCCCACUUGCCACCAGAUGUCCAGUGACUGCAGCACCUGGCGUGGUCCUUGUUGACCCGGGCGACGACCGAUCCGGUAUAGAUUUAUUAAAGUUACGUCUCACCAUAUUGUUGAUGGGAGAGGCACUCUUUGUCUGGCUCCUCUGGUGAGACCUGUCCAGUAUGGUUGGUCUUCUGGCAUAGCUCUCACCUUCCUCAGAGCAUGCAAGCCCCACAACUACGCCAAGGUAGUGCCUCACUGGGGGCUUAAUUAUUAUGAUGUAUUAUUAUUAUGAUUAUUAAUUAUUAUUAAUUAUUAUGAUUAUUUUAAAUGAUUAUGUUUAUGAUUAUGAUUAAUUCAAUUUCUAUACUGCCCUUCCAAAAAUGGCUCAGGGCAGUUUACACAGAGAAAUAAUAAAUAAAUAAGAUGGCUCCCUGUCCCCAAAGGGCUCACAUUCUAAAAAAAACACAAGAUAGACACCAGCAACAGUCACUGGAGGUACUAUGCUGGGGGUGGAUAGGGCCAGUUACUCCCCCCCGCUAAAUAAAGAGAAUCGCCACGGUAAAAGGUGCCUCUUUGCCCAGUUAGCAGGGGGAUAGCAGGGGAAUUUUAACCACCAAAAAGUCAUUGAAAAUGUCACUGUGUGCGACUGAUGGUUCCAAGUUCAAAUUCAAGGGGGAGGGACACAUACUAGCCCCCUCACAACCCUAGACAACUCUGCUGGGCGUCAAUUAGCAGAAACAAUGCAGGCAGAAAAGAAUAGCUUCUUUGCUGCCCACAUUGCCAGAUCAUAGGUCUUCUUCAAAUGUGCUUUGUGUUGUGAUCUGUCAGCUUCAUGCUGUGUCUUCCUCUGCUUGUGCUCUAGUCAUCCUCUUUGCCACUUCAGCUCCCCUAGUUCUUCCAAAUAUCAUCCGGCUGAUUUUGAAGCAAGCAAGAGAAUGCUUAGGAGCGAUUGUGUCAAAUGCUCUAGUGAGUUCAUGAUUACAUGUUUGCACCAGAGCAACAACAGAAUCGAUAAAGAGCCAACUCAAUACACUUCCAAAGCUUCUUGGAAUCCUACUGGAUCCAAUAAUUUUGAAAUUAUUUUGAAAUACAAUUGUUUUUAAACUGGGAAGUAAAGUGAAUGUCCUCUAUUUGGGUGAAAUGCUCCAGAGCACACACAGUGUGUGAAACAAGAUGCUGGACUAGCUGGGCCUUGGGCCUGAUUCAGCAGGGCUGUUCUUAUGACAGACACCAGCAACAGCCACUGUAGAGAUGCUGUGCUGGGGAUGAAUACAGCCAAUUGCUCUCCCCCUGCUUAAUGUAGAGGUGAAUGCUGCCUUUGUUAGCAGAGGAAAAAUGUAUAUUUAUUUUUAGAUAAAUAAGAUCUGUAAGACUCGCAGUCUGGGUGUACUUCUGGAUUCACACCUCUCCCUGAUUUCUCAGGUUGAGGUGGUGGCCAGGGGCGCUUUCUAUCAGCUCCGGCUGAUACCCCAGCUGUGCCUGUUUCUCAAGAUCAAUGACCUCAAAACAGUGGCACAUCUAUUGGUAACCUCCAGACUUGACUUCUGUAAUGUGCUCUUUGUGGGGCUGCCUUUGUACAUAGUCUGGAAACUUCAGUUGCUUCAGAAUGCAGCAGCCAGGUUGGACUCUUUUACUGAUGGAGCUACACUGGCUGCCAAUAGGUUUCUGGAAAAAACAUAAAGUGCUAAUUAUAAAGCCCUAAACGGCUUAGGCACUGGGUAUCUAAGAGAGUGUCUUCUUCACUACAAGCCCCACCACCCUUUGAGGUCAUCUGAGGAGGUCCAUCUCCGGUUACUGCCAACGCGUUUGGUGGCUACACAGAGACGGAUCUUCUCGGUCGCUGCCCCAAGAUUGUGGAAUGCGCUCCCUGCUGAGAUAUGAUCCUCCCCAUCUCUGGCAAUUUCCAAAAAACACCUGAAAACCCAUCUUUUCGCCCAAGCUUUUUCAGCUUCCUAAAUUUUUAAGUUUUUAAUCUCUGGUUUAUUUUUAAAUUGUUAAAUUGUUUUAAGUUUUUGUAUAUAUUUUUAACUUGUUUUAUGCUAUUGUUAACCGCCCAGAGACGAAUGUUUGGGUCAGUGUACAAAUCAGAUAGAUAGAUAGAUAGAUAGAGAUUCAAAUGGCUCAAUCCACACCCAACCUACCCUCCUUUGCAGUUCUUCUGUACUUCCAUGCACAUGGGUCUUCAGUUCUAUCAAAAAGUACAGUCAAACCCAGAAAGAGAAUUUCUUCUUGUGUUUCUUAUGUGGUUUACCUCCUGCCAAGCUCAAGCCACUCCCAGAGUCCAACGGCUAAUUUUUUCCUGAGAAAUUCUUGACAGGAAGUUCACCAGAGAGACUCAUGAUAAAAGGGGCAGACCCUUCUUCCAAAGGCAGCUGGACCAACGGAGAGCCAAGAUCCUUUUCCUGACUCUUUCUGCUGGGAAGUGAGGCAAAGAGAUGCUUUCCAUCUCAGUGGUGGCCAUGAUCUGGCUGGUUCUCCUGGGGACUUUCUCCUCUGCGCUGGAUCCGGCCCUUGAGCAGGCCUGGAAUGACUGGAAGAGCACCCAUGAUAAAGUCUACUCUGAGGGAAAGGAAGAGGCCUUCCGUAGGGCCAUUUGGGAGAAGAACCUGGCGAUGGUCGAACAACAUAACCGUGAAGAGGCCCUGGGGGAACACACCUAUCGGAUGGGCAUGAACCAAUUUAGUGACUGGACUGAUGAGGAGUUUAAUGAGAGGAUGAGCUGCUUCAGUCCUCCUGACCUGGCUGAAGAAACUGGUGGGAACGAGACCAUCUUCCAAGAAUCGGACACACUGGAGAUUCCCAAGUGGAUCAACUGGCGCGCCAAAGGCUACGUUACCCCAGUAAAAGAUCAGGACCGCCCCUACCAGUGUGGGUCGUGUUGGGCAUUCAGUGCUACUGGAGCCCUGGAAGCACUGCAUUUUAAGAAGACAGGCAAGCUGGUCUCACUGAGUGAGCAGAACCUUGUGGACUGUGUUAAGAGUUCAAACGGAUGCCAUAGAGGGUCCUACUCAGAAGCCUUUAAGUACGUGCGGGAUAACAAGGGCAUCAACUCAGAGAAGACCUACCCAUAUAAGGCGAAGCAGGGACGAUGUCAUUACAACCCCAGGAUGCGAGCAGCCACAUGCGCUGGCUUCAGAGAUUACAACAAUGGGAAUGAGAGACACCUGGAAUACCUUGUGGGCACAGUUGGCCCCAUUUCCGUUGCAGUGAACGGGGACUGCUUGAGGCACUACAGGUCAGGAAUUCUGGACUCAAAGAAAUGCAGCAAAUAUCUGAACCAUGCUGUACUGGCAGUUGGCUAUGACACCUCCAAGAUAAACGGGAGAAGAGUUGAGUACUGGAUCCUGAAGAACAGCUGGAGUACACGCUGGGGCCUAAAAGGUUAUGGAUUACUUGCAAAGAAAGCCGGCAAUCAAGCCGGUAUAGGAUGGAAUUAUGGCUACCCCAUAUGAUAACCAGCCAAGAGCUAGCCAGGAUCCCUUCUACGUGAACCUUUCCAGCUUCAGCACCACAAAACUUCAAAUGCUGAGUUGCUUCUGCUUAUUUCAUCACUUUCCACGCAGCUGAAAAUGACAUUCUGCAGAUUUGAAAUUCCAAAUGUUUCUACCAAUUCAAAAAAGAAUUUGGAGACAUUUGCAUCAGGCUGAAUUUGGGCAUGUUUGUCUACAUUGGGAUGAACUUUUCAUACAGCAGAGCUUUUCAUGUAUUGUAAAUUCCCAUGUGGUCUGAAUAAUAUCUGAGCCAGGGGAUCCAACUAUUAAUCAACUGAGUUCAGUUCCAGUUCAAACAUGACAACGUGGUCUAGUAACCAGAUCACACAUUCAUCAUUAAGAUGCCAGAAGCCAGAUUGUCAUUUUUGUUGGAAGAGAGCUGGUCUUGUGGUAGCAAGCAUGACUUGUCCCCUUAGCUAAGGGGUACAUCAGGGUCCAUCCUUGUUGCAUAUGUAAGGGAGACUAGAAGUGUGAGCACUGUAAGAUAUUCCCCUUAGGGGAUGGAGCCACUCUGAGCAGAGCAUCUAGGUUCCAUGUUUCCUCCCUGGCAGCAUCUCCAAGAUAGGGCUGAGUGAGAUUCCUGCCUGCAGCCUAGGAGAAGCCACUGCCAGUCUGUCUGUGUAGACAAUACUAAGCUUGAUGGACCUAUGGUCUGACUCAGUAUAUAUAUGGCAGCUUCCUAUGUGGCUUCUCUUCCAGAAUGUAUCUUCUUGGAUUCAGUUUUUUUGAGAGCCUCUCAUUUCUAUGGCAAAUGUAGAGAAUCUAGAUCUCUCUUGCAGUUUGGCAACGUCCUGUGCAGAUACUAAAUGUAAAACCCUCUCUGGGAAAAAACAUAUUUGAGAUCGGGAAAGUAAGAUUUCUGUGCAUCUGCCAGAUACUGUUCAUCCCUCCCAAUUCUGUAAUGUCAUCUUCCCAUGUCUGAUAAAUGUUUCUUUGGAAUUAGAUGCUUUAAUGAACUGCUGCUUGUGCUGAUACCUAUUAAAGAUAUCCAUGAAAUUGCACCUA